GCAAUUUACUAGUUUGAGAUUCACAAGGAAGGCAACAAAAUAUUUCAAUGUCUCGUUGGUUGUGAAACUUCGGCAUGGUCGACCAUCAAUUAAUUUCAUUCAAGUCUGGUGUUUUGAUGAUAGUAGUUGCGAAAAUCAAUAGGCGAGGAAGGAAGAAAGUGCAUGGAAUCUGAAUUAUCUUGCAGCUACCGGUGAAAUUGAAAGUGGGCAUAGACAGAAAUUUAACUCCUCACUUUGUCAUUAUGACGAUCGGAAAGAAUUGGCUGAGUGCUGUGUGUGCGAUUUGUUUGGUGAGGACUAUUUAUGCCGAAUUCGAGAAUAAUGUGUGUCCUAGUCUCUGGGAUUAUCCUACCAUGAAGGACAAUUCGAAUUGUUGGUACGAUUUUGCAGCUGAAUCCAAAGUACCGGACAUAAUAAAGAAGACAGGAUAUCCAUUUCAAGAAUUCAGAGUACAGACGAAAGAUGGUUAUAUCUUAGGAUUAUUCAGGAUACCCAGUGUAAAUGGUGGAAAAGGUCCGGUUUUCAUGUUGCACGGUAUACAAAGUACAUCUGCCAUAUUUGUUAGUCUAGGAAAAACUUCAUUGGCAUUUUUAUUAGCGGAUGCUGGAUAUGAUGUUUGGCUUGGAAAUUAUAGAGGAACAGAAUAUUCAGAAGGACAUGUCACUUACAACGUAACUGACAAAAAAUACUGGGAGUAUGGCGCUGACGAAAUAGGUUUGAUUGAUGUACCAGCUAUGCUUUCAACGAUAAAAUACCAAACCAGAAGAAAUGACAUAAUCUACGUUGGUCAUUCUCUUGGGACAACUGCCGCCCUUAUGUACGCUUCGGAGUACCCUGAAGAUGCCAAAAGAACUGUAAAGCUGUUUGUUUUCCUGUCUCCAGCCUAUAAACUGAAUAAUAUACUUUCCCCUUAUAGAAUAUUGUUUCCCUUAUUGAAACCCUUUCUGAGAGUGACUAGUAGUCUGAACAUCGUACAACUUCUUUCACGAGGCUAUUCUAGAAGACUAACUGGAUCCACAUGUUUGGCCUCCACAACAUUAAUGUUGUUAUGUUUGAAUGCGAUAAAUUUAUAUUUGGGACCGUUUACUCAAAUAGCUCCUGAAACUUUGCCUGUUUAUUUCAAUCAAUUACCAGGCGGCACUUCCCUGAAGACAUUGACUUAUGUAACAGAAGCAUCGACAGGAAAAUUCAAGAAAUACGAUUAUGGAAGAGGGAGGAAUAUGAUAAAGUAUGGAACUACAGAUCCUCCUGAAUAUAACAUCUCAAGAAUACCAGUGCCAAUUGUUAUUUAUUAUGCCCGAAAUGAUUGGGCCACACCAAAAAAGGACGCCAUAAACUUAUACAAUACACUUCCAAGGCGAAUAAGGUAUGGUUUAUAUGAAGUACCAGCAGAAAAUUUCAAUCACUUCGAUUUUCUAUUCGGAAGAAAUGUGAAAGAAUUGGUUUAUGAUCAUCUAUUGAAACUGUUGGGUAGAGUUUCGCAAACAGACGAUCUUCUAGCAGUUUCCAGAGAUAGUGACCAGAAUUAAACAAAUUUUUAUAUAGCAAUAAAAAAUAAAUCAAUAUAUAUAUUUGUACAUAGGAA